AUGUGACAUGAGAUGAAGGGAAGGUCUCCCGGCCCUGCCUUGUCUUGAUGGCCGUUUGCAGCCUGGCCUCGGUUUCCGGCUCGGUUUCUUCUCUUUGCUGGCUGUUUUUCGCCUUGCACUCAACUUUGCACCCGUUCUGACGAGCUGCGUGCACCCCGCAGGGUCCUGACCUGACUCGCGGGUCUGCUACAAGGGGAGCCAAAGAGAAAGAAGUCUCCGUCCAUCUCUUCUUCUUCCUCUCUGCAGGAAGAGGGGAGGAGAAAGAAUGUAAUGGAGGAAUUGCAAAGGAUUUUUCUUUAGAUAAUUUUGACGACUAUAUAAACCUGCACUGAAAAAAUACUACCUUCUUCCUCUUCGCCAUGUUGGACUUCUUAGCGGAAAAUAAUCAUUGUGGACAAGCCGUUCUUCGGAUUGUGUCUUGUGGAAAUGCUAUCAUUGCUGAAUUGCUGAGACUCUCCGAGUUUGUCCCGCCUGUAUUCCGCCUCAAAGACAAAGCCGAUCAACAAAAAUAUGGAGAUAUCAUAUUUGAUUUCAGCUACUUCAAAGGGCCUGAAUUGUGUGAAGGGAAGCUAGAAGCCAAACCUGAACUGCAAGAUUUAGAUGAUGAAUUUCGUGAAAACAACAUAGAAAUUUUGACCAGAUUUUAUUUGGCUUUCCAAAGUGUUCAUAAAUAUAUUGUUGAUUUAAACAGAUACCUGGAUGAUCUCAAUGAAGGCAUUUAUAUUCAGCAAACUCUGGAAACAGUGCUGCUGAAUGAGGAUGGAAAACAGCUAUUGUGUGAAGCCCUUUAUUUGUAUGGUGUCAUGCUCCUUGUCAUUGAUCAGAAAAUUGAAGGCGAAGUCCGGGAGAGAAUGCUGGUUUCCUAUUAUCGAUACAGUGCUGCUCGCUCUGCUGACUCCAAUAUGGAUGAUAUAUGUAAGCUGCUUCGGAGCACAGGGUAUUCGAGUCAAAUUGGAGCAAAAAGGCCCGCAAACUAUCCCGAGAGUUACUUCAGCAGGGUGCCCAUCAACAAAAUAUUCAUCAGCAUGGUGAUUGGCCGCUUGAGGUCAGAUGAUAUCUACAACCAGGUUUCUGCAUAUCCACUGCCAGAACAUCGCAGCACAGCUCUGGCAACGCAGGCAGCCAUGUUGUACGUGACGCUUUACUUCGACCCCUCCAUCCUUCACACCCAACAAGCAAAGAUGAGAGAAAUAGUAGAUAAAUAUUUUCCAGACAACUGGGUUAUUAGCAUUUACAUGGGAAUAUCAGUCAAUCUGGGAGAAGCCUGGGAGCCAUACAAGGCUGCCAAAACAGCUCUGAACUACACAUUGGAUCUUUCCAAUGUUAAGGAGCAGGCCAGCCGAGCUGCUGCCGUCACUGAGCGUGUUCACACCCAAGUGCAACAAUUUCUGAAAGAAGGUUGUUUAAGAGAAGAGAUGGUGCUGGACAACAUCCCAAAACUGCUGAACUGCUUAAGGGACUGCAACGUGGCCAUCCGUUGGCUGAUGCUUCAUACUGCAGACUUGGCUUAUGAUCCAAAUAACAAGCGCCUCCGCCAGAUAAAAGACCAAGUUCUCACUGACUCCAGAUUCAAUCCCAAGAUUCUUUUCCAGCUCCUCCUGGAUACAGCCCAGUUUGAAUUCAUUUUGAAAGAGAUGUUCAAACAAAUGUUGUCAGAAAAGCAAACGAAGUGGGAGAGCUAUAAAACAGAAGGAUCCGAAAGAAUGGCCGAACUGGCAGAUGUCUUUUCAGGAGUGAAACCAUUAACCAGAGUGGAGAAAAAUGAAAAUCUGCAAGCUUGGUUUAGAGAAAUCUCCAAGCAGAUCAUGUCUCUGAAUUAUAACGACUCCACUGCAGCAGGCAGGAAAACAGUGCAGUUGAUUCAAGCUUUGGAAGAGGUCCAGGAAUUUCACCAGCUGGAGUCCAACCUUCACGUUUGCCAGUUUCUCGCAGACUCUCGUAAGUUCCUCCAUCAAAUGAUCCGAACCAUCAACAUUAAAGAAGAGGUUUUAAUCACCAUGCAGAUCGUAGGGGACCUUUCCUACGCUUGGCAGCUCAUCGACAGUUUCACCUCUAUCAUGCAGGAAAGUAUAAGAGUCAGCCCAUCUAUGGUAACCAAACUCCGGGCCACCUUUUUGAAGCUGGCUUCAGCUCUUGACAUGCCCCUUCUUCGCAUCAAUCAAGCAAACAGUCCUGAUCUUCUCAGUGUAUCACAGUACUAUUCUGGAGAACUGGUGUCCUAUGUGAGAAAGGUUUUACAGAUCAUUCCGGAAAGCAUGUUCACUUCCCUUCUGAAGAUUAUAAAACUGCAGACUCACGACAUCAUUGAGGUGCCAACUCGCCUGGACAAAGACAAGCUGCGAGAUUAUGCUCAACUUGGACCACGCUACGAGGUUGCUAAGCUUACACACGCCAUCUCCAUUUUCACAGAAGGCAUCCUGAUGAUGAAAACAACAUUGGUUGGCAUCAUCAAGGUUGACCCAAAGCAGUUGCUUGAAGAUGGAAUUAGAAAGGAGCUGGUCAAACGUGUGGCUUUUGCCCUACACCGAGGGCUCACCUUCAAUCCUAGAGCAAAGCCCAGCGAGCUCAUGCCCAGGCUGAGAGAUAUGGCAGCCACAAUGGAUGGGUUCCACCGUUCCUUUGAGUACAUCCAGGACUAUGUCAACAUCUGUGGAUUAAAGAUUUGGCAGGAGGAAGUAUCCCGAAUUAUUAAUUACAACGUGGAGCAGGAAUGCAACAACUUCUUAAGGACAAAGAUUCAAGACUGGCAAAGCAUCUACCAAUCCACCCAUAUUCCAAUACCCAAAUUUGUGCCUACAGAUGAAUCUGUUACUUUUAUCGGUCGCCUCUGCAGAGAAAUUCUGAGAAUCACUGACCCAAAGUCUGCCUGCUAUAUUGACCAACUUAAUACCUGGUAUGAUAUGAAAACUCACCAGGAAGUCUCCAAUAGUCGCUUGUUGGCCGAGAUCCAGAACACUUUGGGUACCUUUGGUCUUAACGGGUUAGACCGUCUUCUCUGCUUCAUGAUUGUCAAAGAGUUGCAGAAUUUCCUCAUCAUGUUUCAGAAAAUAGUGCUGCGCGAUAAAGGGGUCCAUGAAGCACUGAAGUCUCUCAUGAGGAGUGUCAGCCCCCUGAAAGGACUUGUGGCCAAUUGUAAUAGAGUCUACUCUACAGCAAUUACCAAAACACAGAAGAUCUGGGCUGCCUACCUGGACACAAUUAUGAAGGUUGGCCAGAUGCAGAUUUUAAGACGCCAAAUAGGCAACGAACUUAACUAUUCCUGCAGAUUCGACUCCAAGCAUUUAGCAGCUGCCCUGGAGAACCUUAACAAAGCAAUCCUGGCUGAUAUAGAGGCCCACUAUCAAGAUCCUUCUUUGCCUUGUCCCAAAGAAGAUAACACCUUGCUGUAUGAAAUUACUGCUUACCUGGAGGCUGCUGGCAUCCAUAAUCCAUUGAAUAAGAUCUACAUUACAACGAAACGAUUGCCGUAUUUCCCCAUUGUGAAUUUUCUGUUCCUGAUUUCUCAGUUGCCCAAACUUCAGUACAGUAAAAACUCAGGGAUGGUGUGUCGAAAGCCAGCCGAUCCCAUUGACUGGCCGCCUCUGGUGCUGGGACUCCUGACCUUGCUGAAGCAGUUUCACUCACGCUACACUGAACAAUUUCUGGGUCUGAUCGGUCAAUUUGUUCGCUCCACAAUGGAACAGUGCACCAGCCAGAAGGUCCCGGAAAUGCCAGCAGAUGUUGUGGGCGCCCUGCUUUUUUUAGAAGAUUAUGUUCGUUACACAAAAUUACCAAGAAGGGUGGUCGAGGCCCACGUGCCUAAUUUCAUUUUUGAUGAAUUUCGGACAGUUCUAUGAAAUAUCAACUGCUGAUUCUGAAUGGAAACAAGAAACAAACCUCAAAAAAUGACAAGGAAAAAAAGCAUCUACAAAUGUUAUGAGUUUGCUAAUCACUGAAUAUUAAUAUUCUUCAUAAAAAUAACUGGAAUCAUGGCAUCAUAGCCAACUGAUUAUUAAAUUCAAGCAGUGUGUAUUUUGUACUUAAUCUAUGACAUACACAAUUUACAAAAAUCAUUUUUGAACAGCAUGUGAAUAUGGAACAAUAUUUUUUGUAAUGCACCUAAAAAAAAAUAACAAUGAAAUGAAUGGAUUGUAAAUGUU